CGGCGGCGGCGCUCUGCUGCGGGCGGAGGCGGGCGGGGGAUGCUGCGGUGGGCGCGAUGGCCCCUGCCAUGCAGCCGGCCGAGAUCCAGUUUGCCCAGCGGCUGGCAUCCAACGAAAAGGGCAUCCGGGACCGGGCGGUGAAGAAGCUGCGCCAAUACAUCAGCGUGAAGACGCAGAGGGAGACAGGAGGUUUCAGUCAAGAAGAACUUCUAAAAAUAUGGAAAGGGCUCUUCUACUGUAUGUGGGUACAGGAUGAACCCCUUCUACAGGAGGAGCUAGCGAACACUAUUUCCCAACUCAUCCAUGUUGUUAACAACUCAGAGGCUCAACACCUGUUCAUUCAGACCUUCUGGCAAACCAUGAACCGAGAAUGGCAGGGAAUCGACCGGCUGCGCCUGGACAAGUACUACAUGCUGAUCCGUCUGGUCCUAAGGCAGUCCUUUGAAGUCCUGAAGCGAAAUGGCUGGGAAGAAAGCCAGAUCAAACUUUUUCUAGAUGUCUUGAUGAAGGAGAUCCUGUGUCCUGAGAGUCAGUCUCCUAAUGGAGUGAGAUUCCACUUCAUUGAUAUUUACCUGUAUGAACUAUCCAAAGUGGGAGGGAAGGAGCUUUUGGCAGAUCAGAAUCUCAAGUUUAUUGAUCCAUUCUGCAAAAUUGCUGCCAAGACUAAGGACCACAUGCUGGUACAGACAAUAGCCAGGGGUGUCUUUGAAGUCAUUGUAGAUCAGUCUCCUUCUGUACCCGAAGAGGCAGUGGAAGAACAGGAUGUGAAAGUGAGUGGCAGUGACCGCUCUGAAGGAGAGCCACCUGAAGACGCAGUGACAUGGAGCAGAGCUGUCAGCAGGAAGAAGGCAGCACUUGGCAAAUAUCACUCCAGAAAAGAUGAAAUGAGUGAUGAAGGAGAAAGAGAUGACUGUGGGACCACUGAGGACAAUGGACCACUUCUCCAGUUUGACUAUAAGGCUGUGGCUAAUCGACUCCUGGAAAUAACCAACAGGAAAAACAUCCCUCCCUUCAACAGGAAGCGUCUCUCCAAACUAAUCAAAAAAUUCCAGGAUCUCUCUGAAGCAGGCAGUAUAUCUCAACUCGGUUUUGCGGAGGAUAUUUCUGCUGAUGAAGAUGACCAGCCCCUCAGUCAAGGGAGGCAUAAGAAAAAAGGGAAUAAGCUUUUAGAGAAAACAAACUUGGAAAAGGAGAAAGGACACAGAGUCUAUCUUGCCGAGGAAGAGGAUAGUGAAGACAGUGUUCAAAAGAGAAAAAGGAAAAAGAGGAAGAAGAGCCACCUCCCACCUCAGAGCGCAGGCCCAGGGGAUGAAGCCCCAUCCCUGGCACAGAACGGGGGCAGGGAGCCUGAGGCUGUGUCCAGCACCGGGGAGGAGAGUGGCUCAGAGCAUCCCCCCACCAUCCCCAUGCACAGCAAAAGGAAGCGACCGAGGAAGAAGAGCAUGAGGGCCAGCAGGGACAUCUUGGAACUGGCAGUAUCACCUCUAGAGGACACAUCUCAAAGUGGCCCGAGCAGUGGCCAUCCACGGAGGCCUGCCACCAAAGGUGCCCCAACAGGUGUUGCCCACGUCCUGAAAAGGAAGCGGAAACUCAGAGCUUUCCCAGUCAGCAGCAGUGGCCUGACCAUGCUGGCCUGGCCCCUGAAGCAGAAGGGAGCUUCUCCAGCAAGCCCAGCAGAGGGAGGAAAUGGCCAGACCACCCUGCCCUGCAAGAGGCUACAGAAGAAGGCAGAGCCCAGCAGCCUUGACCUCCAUGCCCCGUGCAGUCAGAAAACAGCAAUCUUGAAAAAGAGGAAGAAAAUGAAAGAGAUGUCAAACUUGCUCGAACACAAUGGAGUAUUGGAAUCCCAAGUCAGGCAAAUCCAAGCUCUGGGAAGCAGCGGGACUGUCAGCCUUUUGAGGAAGCAGCAGCAGAAGACAGAGAGCAACUUUGUGAAGUUUGACACCCCCUUCUUACCAAAGCCCCUGUUCUUCAGAAAAGCCAAGCGCAGCGGUGCUGCCUGCUCCUCAGAUCCCUCCGUCCAGCUAAGCAAAACAUCCAGCUCCAAGAAAGUCACUUUUGGAUUGAACAGAAACAUGACUGCAGAAUUCAAGAAGACAGACAAGAGUAUCUUGGUCAGUCCCACAGGCGCCUCCCGAGUGGCCUUCAACCCUGAGCAACGGCCCCUCCACGGAGUGCUGAAGACCCCCACCAGCUCACCUGCCAGCACACCCCUGGUGACCAAGAAGCCCCUGACCGUUACCCCAAAGAGAAGGCCAAUGGCCAUGGAUUUCUUCUGAGUAUAGUAACAGAGUCCCUUUUUAAAGACUGCAUUUGUACAGAAUGUUCUAUAAAUUAUAACUUUAAAAAUGUGGGACCUUUUUUAUUAUUUUAUAGAUUCCUAUCAAUUAUGUAUAUCAGGUUCCAAAUGCGAGCUGCAACUCUGCUGCUUCCUGUCCCUUCCUCUGGGGGCUGUGGCAUCUUGGUUGAAUCUUUGGCUACAAACAUUGUGCUUGAGCUCUCGGGGAUUUCACGUGUUUGGGUAACGUCAGUGAUUCCUGUUAGUGUGAGAACUGAGACCUUGUAUGAAGCCGAGGGGAGCACACUGAGGUGUAACUUGGUGCUGUUGGCACAGUUAGGGUGUCGAAUCACACUUCCUAGUCGGCUUUCAGUUUGUGCAGAACUUUGGUACUCGUUACUGUAGUUGGCAUGCCAACUUGGCUUCCUGGUUGUUUUUAGUCUAACAGUCCAUUUUCUUUCAAAGCGUGUGGGGCUUCAGUCCCAUGUUCUGUGGGUGUUCAGCAGUUCACUGCUUCAGAUGAUUCUUGUACCUAGCUCAGCAAUACCAUAGUUUUUCUACAUGCGAUCAGCUGGGGGAUGGGUGGGAGUGGGGUGGGGAAGGAGGGAGCUCUUUGCCCUGUGGGCUUUUUCCUCUUCUCCACCCUGGCCCUGUUUCCUUCCCUGUUUUCCUACCUCUACUGCAAGCCCAAAGUGUCUUCACAGGAGGGCCCGCACCCACUUGGCUCUCACCCAGGACUCAGCCCUCUGCUGAGGCCCGCAGUAUCCUUGCAUUGAGCACAUGCAUUCUUCCAGUCCUGUGCUCCACUUUCUCUUUACAUAUCAGUGUUGGAGCAAGGACCUAAAGGAUGGGUGUUGCCAAAGGGCAGCUGUCCCAUCUUAGGUUAAACUCACUUCCCUAGAGGUGUGCCCGUGGUGUCUGAAACCUGAGCUCCUGUGACAGGCGGGACAUCAGCAGCCUUGAAGAACUGUGCCCAUACGUUUGUUCACGGCCACCUUUUAUCUAAAGUGCGGAAGCUUUCCUCACAGGUUUUUAUACAGUUCUCCUAAUUUAAUUACAAAAGUCAGGAGUGGACGGCACUCAGACUUUAGUUGGAGAAACAGAAUUGUGACUUUUUAUAGAGCAGUGCUUGCUCAGUAAUGGGUCUUGUUUAAGGGAACUACCUGAGCCUGAGAGGUGGAGAAGGUGCAGUUGCAGAAUCAAGUGGCCACUUAGGGAAAGCCACUGAGGCUGGGCUCUCUGUGGCUCAUGCGGUAGCAAAUUGUAGGCGUAAAGAAGGCGUGGGUGAGUCGUUGUGGCUCACCAGUGCUUAGCGCUCUCCCAACCAGACCACUCUCUGCUCAGGAGAUCUUGGGCCUGGAAGUGAAAGCCACCUCCUCCCCUUACACUCCCAUGCAGGAGCCCCAGUUUUUCACCAGAACCCAGGCUAGUCCCCUUCGCUGCUGCUCCCUCAACAGAGAACCCCAAGUGCUUCAGCAGUCCCAGCCAUGGCUUAGGACAACAGGGAGGCCCACUGGGAGGCAGAGCUGCGUUGAUGUGACUUUGGUUUCAUUCCUUCAUGUAAUCAAGGGUAGCGCUUCACCUGCAAACGGCAGAGUUGCCUUGUUGCUAUUGUGCGGGUUGACUUACUACUGAGAAGGAAGUGUCGCCUUUGUUCUUGCCUGCUCUAUAAUAAAGUUUUGUCAUAAUUAGGUGAUGAAAAAGUAAUUAACACUGUGCUGUCACACAGUCGUUGUAAUGAGAUGUCUUGUGCACACAUAACUUUUGUUGUGGUGGUUGCAUGGUUUUCAGUGUGCUGUGUUUGAUAUAAUACUUAAAAUCACAUUCGAAACCAAAACUGAUGUAGUGAAAAGAUUAGAUUUAAGUGAGCACACAUUUCUAACUUUUUAUUUGAAAAGAACUUUCAUCCUUAGUCAAAAUAUUUUUCUAACAAUUUUUAUUUCAGCUUUAAAGAUGGGUCGUAUAGGCAAAUGCACUGUAUAAUCCAGCAGUGUUGAGAUGCCUUCACAAAAUGUUCUAGGGCAAAAAGAGCACCUGUGUUCUGUGGACUGCUGCAGGAACUCCACUUCACAGCAUUUCUUCCUCAUCUGUGUGUUCUGAAGUACAGUGAAUGUCCUGUGUGUAAAUGCGCCUCCUGUCAAAAUCAUGCCUGUGAGGUCGUGUCCAGGAGUGGCUAUGCAUCUCGGGCUCUGUUUGUCCUCCUCUGAGUCCAUCCUGACUCACUCCAUCUUGUGAGUGAAUUAAAUUGAUUUACUGUGGCUUAUUUUUAAUGCCUAAAUUUUAGCAACAGAGGAAGAAAAAUUUUUUUAAUUCUCAUUACAUAUACACACAUGUAAUCAGUCUCAUUACAUUACAUAUACAUACAUAUGACAUGGCAAGAGUAUGUCACAUAAAGAAAAUGUGUUUAGAAUACCAGUUUUCUAUUUGGUGCAUGAUAUUUUCCUAACUAAAAUUGCCAAGGGGACUUGGAAGACCAGAAAAGGAAAUAAAUUAAUGUUGAUAAUCUUAAAUAACAUUUUUUAAAACGUUAAUCUCCCUCCUCCUCCAUAGGUCUGGUCAAUUUUGUAUAACUUGGUGUUAAACUUUACAAAUUUACUAUACUUUCUAACUUUUACUGAACUGAAAGCACAAAGAAGAAUAUAUAAAAAAAAUCUGGAAGCACUUGUUAAUGUUGGAAAGGAUGUGAAAUUAGAUCUGUCUCACAGUUUUUAUAUGUGUUUUCUCUGAAUUUACCUGACUAUGCUGGCGAGGACUGUUUAUUUACAAUCAAAUUGUAUUAGUGUCUGCGGGGUUUGUCAGUGCUCGUCAAAGCCAAGUCCAAUUAAAAAAAAGUCUUUGCCCUCAGAUCUGUAUCUGACUG